CUCGCCUGCGUGACGCAAACAGACAGGGAUCGGCGCUAAACGAGGCCACGCAUUGUCUGGCCCUCCCGCCCUCCGUUGCGAGCGAGCAACGUGAUUGGCCCAGGCCCCGGAAAGAGUGCCCGGGGAUCCAAAUGUACAGGCCGCAUUUAUCUUAGUGUCGAAAAAUAAACCCAAACAAUAACAGACACAACCGAGAAAGGAAACAUAUCGACGAUCCAUUUGAAGGAGUCCAUAAUAAGGGUUCUCUCUCCCAAUGGAAGGAAGAAACACCAGCAACACACUGUUCUUAUUUUAGAGUGCAUUGUCAUCAAAUGUGAAGCUUUUUUUAAGAUCAAAGAGAUGGACCACGGUGGAGGGAUCCUGGAGCUACACACACAGGAGUUAAAGAUGCCUCACACCAUGAUCAUGCAAGACUUUGUGGCAGGAAUGAGGGGCCUGGCCCACAUCGACGGGGAUCACAUUUUGGUGUCUGUGCCUGAGGGCAUGCUCCUGUCUGACGUCAUGACAGACGAAGGCAUCCUGCUGGAGCACGGCCUGGAGGUGCAGGGCCUCGAGACGGAGGUGGAGGUGGAAGGCCUAGAGACGGAAGUUGAAGGCUUUGGAGCGGAGGUGGUGGAGCUAGAGACACAGAUGGUUGAGGGCCUCGAGACGGAGGUGGUUGAAGGCCUGGAGGUCGAGGCUCUGGAGGCGGAGGUGGAAGUCGAGGGCCUUGAAGCAGAGGUAGAGGUCCUAGAGGAAUAUCUAGAGACUGAGGUGAUUGAAGGCCCUGACAUUGGACACGAACACUUGCUGGGUUCCGAAGUGGCCAUCGAGGAGGCUAUAGACUCUCACCAUCACCAUGUUCUAACCUCAGACCUCAUCCAGGGCUCAGUCCACCACCACCACACACCAGACCAGCUUUUUGUGGAGCACCAGGAGGAGGAGGAGGAGGAGGACGGGUUGGAGGGCUUGGACCAGGAGGUGUUGGUGGGGGAGGAGGAGACAGUGAUCCAGGCCCACGAGGAGCUGCCGGUGGACGUGGAGGCUGUCUCUCUGCACACUGAUGAGGAGGACUACCUCAUGAUCUCCUUGGAUGACGCUGGUGAGAAGCUGGACAGAGGAGACACUCCUCUAGAGAUCACUACUGAGGUGAUGCAUGAUGAAGACUCCAACAAGGAGGGGUCCGAGGUCAUCAAGGUCUACAUCUUCAAAGCAGAGGCUGAUGAUGAUGUGGAGAUAGGUGGAACCGAGGUGGUGUCUGAAAGUGACUGCCAUAACGGUCACCAUGCUGGGUUGGAGUCUGGGGGAGGAGGCAGAUAUGGCCGGGGGGAGAGGAUGGUCUACAUGGCUGUGAAGGACCACGCCCAGUCAGAGGAAGAUAUCAAUGUGUCAGACAUGGCAGAGCAGGUGUACAUGGAGGUGAUUGUUGGAGAGGAGGAGACCUCUGCAGUCCAGGAGAACCAGCUAGAUGACUCUCCAAACAGCAAGAUGUUAGUCCCCGUCUCCUGGGCUGCUGCCUACGAUAACAACAGUGUGGACAUGGUGAGGAAUGGAGGGACCAGGCCAUACCUUCAGAUCAGAGACGGUCAGGGCACCAACAGAGCCCUCAAACAGAAGAUCAAGAAGAAGAAGAGGAAUGGCGAGACACGGCAGUGCCAGACCGCUGUGAUCAUCGGUCCAGACGGCAUGCCCCUGACCGUCUACCCCUGUCACAUCUGUGGUAAGAAGUUCAGGUCACAAGGCUUCCUCAAGUGCCACAUGAAGAACCAUCCUGACCACCACCUUAAGAAGUACCAGUGUACCGACUGUGACUUCACCACCAACAAGAAGGUCAACUUCCACAACCACCUGGAGUCCCACAAGCUACUGGUCCAUCGCAGUGACCGAGACAGAACAUCUUCCCCAGAGUACCCAGAAUACAACAGGACCACCCCAGAGUACCCAGAAUACAACAGGACCACCCCAGAGUACCCAGAAUACAACAGGACCACCCCAGAGUACCCAGAAUACAACAGGACCACCCCAGAGUACACAGAGUACACCCGGCGUUACCACGAAGACAGCCAGCUAGGGUCUAACAAGCUGAUCCUGAGGGACAAGGAGUCCAAACUGCACCACUGUAAGUACUGUGACUAUGAGACUGCAGAGCAGGGGCUCCUCAACCGCCACCUAUUGGCCGUUCACAGCAGGAACUUCGCCCACGUGUGCGUGGAGUGCACUAAAGGCUUCCGGCACCCGUCAGAGCUCAAGAAGCACAUGCGGACCCACACGGGGGAGAAGCCGUACUGCUGCCCGCACUGUGACUUUCGCUGUGCAGACCAGUCCAACCUAAAGACUCACAUCAAGAGCAAGCACGGUGCCGAUCUGCCUUUUAAGUGUGGCCACUGCCCCCAGGCCUACGCUGACGAAGGGGAGCUGCAGCGGCACACAGAGAUGGUGCAGGGCCACAAGACCCACCAGUGUCCCCACUGCGAACACAAGAGCACCAACUCCUCUGAUCUAAAGCGACACGUCAUAUCUGUUCACACCAAAGACUUCCCUCACCAGUGUGACGUGUGUGAGAAGGGCUUCCACCGGCCCUCUGAGCUGAAGAAACACUCAGAGACGCACAAGGGCAGCAAGGUGCACCAGUGCAGGCACUGUAACUUCACGACCUCUGACCCUUUCACCCUCAGCAGACACAUCCUGUCCGUUCACACCAAGGACCUCCCCUUUAAGUGUAAACGCUGCCGGCGAGGGUUCCGCCAGUCCACGGAGCUGAAGAAACACAUGAAGACCCACAGCGGGAGGAAGGUGUACCAGUGUCAGUACUGCGAGUACAACAGCCCGGACGCUUCAGGAUUCAAACGCCACGUGAUCUCGAUCCACACCAAGGAAUACCCCCACUGCUGUGACUACUGUUGUAAAGGCUUCCGAAGGCCCUCGGAGAAGAGCCAGCACAUAGCCAGGCAUCACAAAGAUAUGUUGAUGGAGCGUUGUUAAUACAAUGUUGACUCAACGUUACCCGGACAGACAGACUGGCACACUCACUCCUCAGUCUACGUAGACCUGAUUCACACGACAAAGGGGGAACACGUUUAGGCCGUUGAUAAGGAUGGAAUGGUACAUUUAGACUGCUAGCGACGAUAACAUUCUGACUGUUUCUCUUUUUCUACUGCUUGUAUAGAGUAGGAGGAGGUCUCACCAGACCCCCCCCCCCCCCCCCCCCCAUUCCCUCUCCCCCAGGUGUAAUCAAACUAAGCAUGUGGUGGAAGUUGGUGAAGUUUAAAACCAGUGUAUAUGUUGUCAGUGGGGCGCCUGUCACUCUUUCUGUAUUUAUUUAUCUGCAGAGAGAGGAUUCACCAUAUGAUGAACAUUUUUUUUUUCAAAAUAUGUCUGUGUGUAUUCCUGUUGAAUAUCUGGAAGAAAGAAAUGGACAGAAGUCCUCUAAUAUAGGAAGUGGUUAUUUGAGAACAUCAUUCAGGCCUGUUCUUCUCUAUCUCACCAGACUGUAUCUGGAUCAAACUAGUGCAUACUGUAUCUGGAUCAAACUAGUGCAGACUGUAUCUGGAUCAAACUAGUGCAGACUGUAUCUGGAUCAAACUAGUGCAGACUGUAUCUGGAUCAAACUAGUGCAGACUGUAUCUGGAUCAAACUAGUGCAUACUGUAUCUGGAUCAAACUAGUGCAUACUGUAUCUGGAUCAAACUAGUGCAUACUGUAUCUGGAUCAAACUAGUGCAUACUGUAUCUGGAUCAAACUAGUGCAGACUGUAUCUGGAUCAAACUAGUGCAGACUGUAUCUGGAUCAAACUAGUGCAGACUGUAUCUGGAUCAAACUAGUGCAGACUGUAUCUGGAUCAAACUAGUGCAUACUGUAUCUGGAUCAAACUAGUGCAGACUGUAUCUGGAUCAAACUAGUGCAUACUGUAUCUGGAUCAAACUAGUGCAGACUGUAUCUGGAUCAAACUAGUGCAUACUGUAUCUGGAUCAAACUAGUGCAGACUGUAUCUGGAUCAAACUAGUGCAGACUGUAUCUGGAUCAAACUAGUGCAGACUGUAUCUGGAUCAAACUAGUGCAUACUGUAUCUGGAUCAAACUAGUGCAUACUGUAUCUGGAUCAAACUAGUGCAUACUGUAUCUGGAUCAAACUAGUGCAGACUGUAUCUGGAUCAAACUAGUGCAGACUGUAUCUGGAUCAAACUAGUGCAUACUGUAUCUGGAUCAAACUAGUGCAUACUGUAUCUGGAUCAAACUAGUGCAUACAGGAGAGCUGCAAUGCUCUGCUAACAACUUGUAUCUUCAAACCUGGGUUCAAAUCAUGUUUGAAAUAUUUCUUAUACGUUUAGCAUUUCCUUUAUCCUGCCUAGAGUGGACUUUUGCGAAUCGGUUGGUUCUGUUUUGCCUGGCAAGCCCAACAAAGGUAUGUAUUUGAAAUUAUUACCAAUAGUUUUUGAACCCAGGUCUAGGUAUACUCCCAAUAACCUGGUUUAUACCCUAAUACCGUUUGUUUUAAAGGCAAUCUGAAUCACAAUCAUGUCAUUAUGAGCCUGUGGGCCCUGUUUGGGUGGUCCACCUGUGAGGUCAGAGUGGAACAAUGUUUACACAAGCACCUUAACCUACGAGCUACGAAACCAACUCGUUUUUUAAAAAACAAACAGAACUUUGUUUUGUUUCUUCUUAACAGUGCCAAUUUAUUAUUAAUUCAACUUUAAUGUUUUGGUGUUUGGUGGACAGAUGGUUCUGUAUGUUUGGUAAAAACUUCAGCUGUUGUCACCACAGUUUUUUGACCUUGUGAAUGCCACUGUAAGUUGUGUAUAUGACCUUGUGAAUGCCACUGUAAGUUGUGUAUAUGACUUUGUGAAUGCCACUGUAAGUUGUGUAUGUGUCAUCACAUAGAACACAGAUGUGGUCACACACAAGCCAACCAUCCGAUGGUCAUGUCUUAUGUUCUGUUUCUCCUCAUGCACUGAGCUCUGCUAAAACAGACAUCUGAAAAGUAAAGUGAUUUUAAGUCUCAAACAUAUGCCGUGUAAAGAGAUUGUGUGUUUUGAGUCAGUAGAAAGCACUUUAACUAUUAUUUUGUUAAUUUUACAUGUACGCAAAGGUGUAUAAUGUAUAGUCCCUGAAUGAGACAAUAUGAGUGUUGUGGGUAUUUCAGGGCCUGGAGUGGGACAGUAGCGACCAGUAUUCAUCCAAAUGUAUUAUCAAUAGAGAGCUGUCUAAUGAACUCUUCUGUUUUGAUAUCUGCUAGGAAAUUGGUUGGUCAUUCUGUUGAGAUUUCUGCUCACUGGUGUCCAGCAACCCCACAGUCAGUUGGCUACACACACCUUAAGUACAAUGGUGGAGAGAUUGUCGUUGGUGUCUUAAAGAAUGCACAUAGUAGGCUGGCCAUGAAAUGAAUUGUGUUUAAAAAAAAUGUAUGUUUUUUUUUUUUUUUUUUUUUUGUCUGAUUGUUCAGAAACUACUGGUGAGGAGCAACCAAAAUAAACAAUUCUUUUUAGU